GAAAAUCCUUCAUAGAGAGUGUUGCUCUCGAAAUAUGAGUAAUGGAUACCGGGUGAGAAAUUAAAAAAACACUUGUUUGCAUAGGGUGUCUACAUCUUAUUAAACAAGUACCUUUAAAAGUUAAUAAAUUUAUACGAAAAUAUAUUCAUUGAUUUGAUAUAAAUAUUUAGCGUAGAUAUAUAGAAAGAAAAAAACAACAUAAAAUUUCAGUAAAGCUCCGUUAUUGAAAGACAUGUAAUCAAAUGAAACUUUGUAAGUCGUAAAUAUUAAAGGAUCUAAAUAAAAUAAAAUAUUAUAAAAAUUAAAUAUAAAAAAUUCCUACUUUAGUUCAACAAGGAAAUAUUUAAUAACUAAACUUUUAGUUGAUUUCCAUUUUUUAAAUAUUUUUCCUAUUAUAACUCAAAAAUAACUUGUUCCUAAUCAAAACCAAAUUAAAACAGAAAAACUAAGUUUAAGUUUGCAAAGGUUUAGUCAAACAUUAUCUCUAUAAACAUACUAUGUCCUUAUAAGUUUUUAAUCUAUAUACUGUUCGUUUUAUUUCUACCUUAUAAGUUUUUAAUAUUUCUCUCGAAAUAAUCAAUGGCAUCAUCAUCGAAAAAAAUGUUGAUCUUGAAAUCAUCGGAUGAUGAUGAAUUUGAGAUUGAAGAAUCGAUUGCGGUUCAAUCUAUAACGAUAAAAAAUAUGGUUGAGGACGAUUAUACCCUCAUCCCAUUGCCUAAUGUAAAUACUCAAAACCUAAUUCUAAUUAUUGAGUACAUGAAAAAGCAUGGAGAGAAGACGGAAGAAAUUAAAGAAUUCAAUAUGAAUUUUGUGAAAGAUAUGAGCUAUGAACAAUUGUUUGAAAUGAUAUUUGCAGCAAAUUAUCUUCACAUUAGUGAUUUGAUGGAUUUAUUGUGUAUGACGAUAGCCGAUCGAGUUAAGCACAAGUCUGUGAUUGCUAUUCGUCAGAUAUUUGGUGUUACUAAUGAUUAUACUCCAGAGGAAGAAGAAAAGCUUCGAGAAGAACAUAAGUGGGCUCAUGAAGGAGAAGAAAUUGACGAAUCUCUUGAUUAAAUUUAUUAGGUUUAGUAUAAUUUAUGAUUUGAUUAUUUUAGUUUUAUGUAGGGUUUGGAUUUGUUAUUAAUUAUUUCGUGUUUUAAUUUAGAUUAUAACCUUUUUUGUAGCAUGCACAAUGGCUUACACACAAAAAAAAUAUUUUGCAUUGAUAUGAGAAAA